UUGAUUUGGGCCGAUGGUGGGCUUUUCUCGGCUCCACCUCCAGCUGCUGUCUCGUCUCUCUGAGCCGUUCCCUGCCGCAUCUCGUCGCUGCCAUCCCUUCGUUGUCGCCUUCACUCCCUUCUCGCAGCCGUAUCCUCGUUUCAUCCCCGCCAAGUGUCCUUCUUCCAUCCAGCUGACAUCGGUGCCGUCUCCUACUUAUCGUCCUUCGAGCUGA